AUGAAGAACUUCAAGAUUUCCGCCCUCCGCCGCUGCAUUGGCUACGUGGGACAGGAGCCCGUGUUGUUCGCCAGCUCCAUCCGGCACAACAUCAUGCAGGGCUGCCCUGGCGCCAGCAAGGAGGAUUUCAACAAGGCGUGUGCUGAUGCCCAGCUGAGCUUUGUGGACAACUUGCCCGAGAAGUACAACACCUUCGUCGGUGCGGGUGGCGGCCAACUGUCGGGUGGCCAGAAGCAACGCAUCGCCAUUGCCCGGGCCUUGUUGAAGAAGGCCUCCUUCUUGUUCUUGGAUGAAGCCACUAGCGCUUUGGACAACACCUCCGAAAAGAUGAUCCAGCAGACCAUUGACCCAGGACACCCCGAAGAGGACCCAUCAGUCUUCCCCAAGUCGGACAUCACCGAAGCUGAGGACUCCAUCGGUGCCAACAGCGAAUCUGGCCUUGGCAUUGUGAGCAUCGCGCACCGCCUCAGCCGCGUGGGUCGAAGAAGAAACACCACGCACGAAGCCGAAGCCGCCCCUCCAAAACGCCGGCGGACGAUGCGUGGCAUGGCGUGCGCCGGAGACGGUGCCAUUGAUUCAGGCACGGUGCGCAACUCGGAUCUCAUCUACGUCCUGAUGCGCGGCAGCCUGGUGGAGAGCGGCAACCACACGCAGCUGAUGGAGAAGAAGGGCUCGUACUUCGCCUUGGUCGCAGCACAGGAGUCCUCCCAGAAGGCUGAGGAAGCCGAAGCCAACCAGCCCUUUGGAUGGGUGGACGGGCUUCCUCUUCACCGCUUGAAGCGCGGGCCGCUUCCGCACGACCACACCAGCGCCAUGCUGGUCCGGCAGAUGAGCGAGCACAGUGGCGAGUCCGAGAACGCGCGGGUGGCACGAGAGAAGAAGGAAGAGAAGGAGCGUGAAGCGCAGAUUCAAAAGAACUACAAGGUGCCAAUGGCCCGACUCUUCAGCAGCUCCGUUCGCAGAGCAGCGCAUGCGGCAGCGGGGGAUGUUCGGUGCGGCAGAUUCGUUUGCUAUGCUAGGUAUACGAAGUGGUAUACGAACCUGAAGGCUAAGAACAGAUCUGCGUGGAAGGCUACCACCCGCGCCCGCGCUGAACACCGAGGCUACAACCAACCGGAGUGGCCUUACCUGGUUCCCGCGGUGCUGGGCGCCCUGAUCGACGGCGCCGCGAUGCCGCUGUGCACCGUGGCGCUGGUCGGCUCCAUGGAAGGCUUCUUCAAGGAGAAGGAACAGAUGCGAGAGGAGUUGCAGAUGCCCGGACGAAGAAUUACUCAGUUGGAGCCGACAAUCCCAGCUUGGCGUUGA